GUGUGUAUGUUGCGCUUGGAAGCUUUAGCCAAAUAAAGGGUGGCUCAAAACUUCCUACCCCAAAACACAGACUGCGUGCUAAGCUUGUUUGCAUGUAGAUAAUCAAGUUUGUCUAUGGUGGUUUCUGCUGGUUUUAUCGACGCCAUUCAUCACAAAACACGGUGGUACAGUGUGGAAGUGCGAGAAUGAUGAUCACCGAGGCUGCUCCAUCGAAAGCAAAGUAAACAGUGUCGUCAGUGCAUUUUCAGGGGGAUCGGGUUAGUGAUUUUAUUCAUCUUGGUUUGUGGUGUGACACCAUUCGGAAGUACCGCACCCGUUCUCUGCGGAUAGCAACACGAUACCUGCCCGGGUGUCGAUCGUUUGCUUGUCGAAGCAGCUUAAGCAGAAGCAGAAACGAAAGAUCGCAUCGCUCGCUUGACGGAAACAGGAAAGAAACCCCCGUGACGUCGCGUUGUCUUACCAGUGUAAACAAAUUGUAUGAAAAUGAUGGCGCAACUCCGAAGGAUACGAACGCUGCUUGUUCCUCUACUAGUAGCCCUCCUGACUACGCUCACCGUAGCGGACGACUGUGGACGUGAUUUCCAGGGCAAAUGUAGCUGUGGUUUUCAGAUGUACAACUACCGCACACAGUACGUCGUGAACUGUACCAACACGGGCUUCCGGGACACGCUCGUGCUCGAGCGGUUGCCGCUGCAAACCGAGGUCGUCAUCUUCAACGGGAACUACGUCAAAGAGCUACCGUGGAACGUGUUCGGCGCACUGAACGAUCUCGCCAACCUGACCAUCGUCGACAUGAGCAACAACCACAUCCACGAGAUCCGCGGCAAAUCGUACCAUCACGUUCCGAACGUGCGGCGCCUGAUACUGAACCACAACAACCUCAGCAUCUCCCGGUACGACGACGAAGAGUUUAACCAUCACCAUCCGCGGGUGUUUUCGAACUUCAUCAACCUGCAGGAGCUGCAUCUGACGAACGCGUUCGCGGACAACACGUCGGCCGAGCUGUCGGCCGAUCUGCACGACAUCUUUGUCAACAGCAACCUUACCAAGCUGGUCAAGCUGCACCUGGAACAGAACGAGAUCGUGCAGUUUAAUGACAAGCGUGUGUUUUGCGAUUUACCGUCGCUACUCGAUCUGCACCUCGGGGAUAAUCUGCUGACCGAGCUUAACUUCAAUCUCAGCUGUAUGCCCCGGUUACGUUUCCUGGAUCUCGAGCGGAACCGUUUCGAGUCCGUGCGGGCGCGGGAUCUCAGCCUGCUUGAUGCGGUUCAGGCACAGCCAGGCCGCACCACUCCGCUCACGGUUGAUUUUACGUACAAUCCGUUCGUGUGCGAUUGUGGUCUCUAUCCGCUGUUCGAUUGGCUCGAUCGGACGAACGUUACCGUACGCAAUCGGGACGGGUUGGUGUGCUUGCGUAAUCGUCAGGUACGGGAACCGAUCCGCACACUGAACGUUGGACGCUGCCGGAAGCAGGUGUCGUCAUCUGGUGGUGGUGGAAGCGCAACUGGCCACACCACUACGCUCGUGUUUGUGCUCGUAUGCUUGAGCUGUGUGUUGCUGGCACUCAUCGGGGGACUGCUGUACGUUAGCAAGGAUAAGUUGCGCGGCGUAUUGACACCGGUCGUCGAUUCCGUCUCGAAGAAGGUGCACUACACCACGAUCAAGGAUGAAGAAGCACCGGAACAGUAUGUGUGAUGCAGCGCACCGAUUGACAUGCGGUGUAAUACGGCACUUAUGGAGCAUGUCUAGGCGUUUGAAGGUGUGCAGCUGUGAAGCUAAAACUAAAACGCAAAAAUGUAGAGUUUAAAGAUUUCGUUAGGAUAGCGAAUGGGAUGCCGGGGGCCAGAGGGAAAACAGGAUUCGUUAUGUUUGUAUUUGAAGGACGUUACGUACUUGACGAAAGAUUGCUAACAGUUUGUUUUCAACGGGAAGCCAGCUUAAUACUGUAAAGAAAAGAUUGUUAAAUUUGGAUACGUUUCACAUAGAGAAAUGCCGAUACGCUAAGGGAUAGAAAGAACCUGCUUGCAAGUAAAAUCCAUAGGUUGCAAUGAGAAGCACCAUCAUCAUACAAACUGUUACUGUAUCAUAGUAUCGUCACAGGGAUUGUAUAGUUUUAGACGUUUUAUGAUGAAGAUUGCCACAAUACUCUGUUGGCGACCACUCAACGCAUUAGCAGUAUCGUUAUGGAAAGGCAUUGUUAACAAAUUACUCGACUUUUUAUCUUUAUCUAGCUAUCUUUUGCACAUGAGAAAGACGUAGCAGAUUUUCAAAAGGAAACAAAUAAUGUUACAAGCAUAGCUAAACGUCGUGUCCUUCUACAGACCGCUCUCGCCGAGCGUAACGUUGAAAUGAAAGUGUAGCGAAAAUAGAUUCCUUUUUUAUACAUGUUGAUGUUCUCCAAAAUCACACAUGCAAAAAGUUUUACUGAUGAAAAAACAAACAAACAAAAUAAGGAAUAUAAUACAACUGAACGUUGUGUUCCAAACUGAAACAGUUCCAAACCUUUCAACAAAUAGUAGAUUGACUUUUUUCAAUCUGAUUUAAAAAAAAAAACAAAGCGUAAACUAACACUUACUGUGUAACGUUUUGACUAAAUUAACCAAAAAUACAAAAACAAAAGUUAAUGCAUGCAAGAAGAGAAGAUCAAUUCGAUAGCACGAUUGCCCUGUGAUUAGCUGUAGCGAUCAAUGAUCACUGAUCGAUGUUUAGUUUUAUUGUCAAUCAUUGGAACAAACUGCAAAAAACUAACAUUUCAUUUAUAAGCCAAUGAGCAACAAUUGUUUCGAACGAAAAAUAGCGCAUAGAGUUUAUGCAUACACGCAAGUACAGUAUGCUAUAUGUUGUGCACAGAAAACGGACCAGUCAUGAGCGAACAAAAUAAAAUAAAAGGUUUUCUCUGUAGAUAGCAAAGAAACUUUGGCACUUAAACUGUACAUGAAAUGAUGUAUGAAAAAACGCGUUCAUUUCCACCACAAUACAAAGAUACGGUAUGAAAAAAUUAGUAGCAUUAAAACAAAUCGACUCCUUGAACUCCAUUGAAAUAGCAAAAAAUGUGUCUAAAAUGUUCGUACUUAUACUACAGUGGUUCGGAUGUAUCUAAAAGAUUGAUCACUAACUAAUAGCAAGGUAGACAAAAGCAAACAUUUUAAAUAA